ACCAUCUGUCAAUAAAGUCAAGCUACACAAUGUCAGUGCAUCAUUCCGAAGAGAACAUGUCAAGAUUGCUGAAACUCGCCCAAAAAUUCAAUUGCUUUUACUUGUCAGGUCUUUCGACGGGCGAUUGCAGGCCUUUUGUCGUCGAAGGCUUCCAAGUGGGAUUAGUACGUCCAGAUGUGAUGAAGCAACUCCUCAAAUUUCCAGAAGUUUUUCGAAUUACCACUGGUUGCGUCGAACUAAACCCUGCUUUUAGAGAUUACGAGGAACGCAGUAUUCAAGUAGACAAAGUUUUGCGCGAAUUGCGCGCAGGAAGCGUAUUUAUAGCUCUCAAGGGUUGGCGCGAUGAGUGUUACGAAGUCAAAACGGAUUUCACGUCGACGAGUCUUCUCAAGAUGGACCGUUCCGCGACGUGUCUCUUCGGUAUAAGAAACUAUGGCGUGGAUAUAAACGGCUAUGUGAGACACCCCAAAUUAGGUUUAUGUAUAUGGCUGCAAAAACGCUCGCCUACAAAACAAACUUGGCCAGGUAAAUGGGACAACAUGGUUGGAGGGGGGUUAUCUGUGGGUCACGGUAUUAUAGAAACGGCUCACAAAGAAGCCAUGGAGGAAGCGUCAAUACCACCCGAACUGAUGAAAAACAUAGUUAGCGCGGGAUGCGUUUCGUUUUUUUUCGAAUCUGAACGGGGAUUGUUCCCCAAUACAGAGUUUGUGUUUGAUUUGGAACUUCCAUUAGAUUUUAUUCCAGAAAAUGCUGAUGGCGAGGUUGAAACUUUUGAGUUGCUUCCAGCUGCACAAUGCUUAGAGAAGUUGUUCAGUGCCGAUUUUAAGACGACGAGCGUUCCGGUUGCGUUAGAUUUUUUGAUAAGGCACGGCUUGGUCACGCCAGAGAAUGAGAAAGAGUUCAUAAAGGUUGUGGAGUUGCUGCACGUACCGCUCCAGAGUAUUUACAGUUACAGCCACGUGCUCAUCAACAGUGACGUCAAGGAAAAUGGCAUCGCGAAAAUGAAUAGUGCAUAAAUGCUUCGGCCGUUUUUUGGUACAGGUUACGGUUUUUUGGUAGAAUAGAAAAGAAGUGAGCCUUAAAGGAUUUCCUAAUUUAUUUUACAGAGUUGCAAUUUUUCAAUACAAGUAGAGAGCUUUUGUAAUUAUUGUAUAUUUUGUCUAAUUUAUUUACAAUUUUAUACAAUGUAGAAAACUAGAAGUAAUACUGGAAAGAAUUUAUUUAUUAGUAUACAUACUGAGAAUCAUCACAGUUUAUAUUGUGUGAUUUUACGUACUACUUGUGAUAAUACAUUUAUUGUUUUUGGAUGUACUUACGUGUACUCAACGAAUUGUAUUUAUUACGAUCAUAUACAACAAUAAAACUCCAAGGCAUU